CCUUCCCGCAACAAGCUAUGGCUCGAUCUGGGACGUACGUGCAACUUGAACCUCAGAAACCUGGGAAUGGUAGGAGUAAGAAGCAAUAUUUUGAUGACUUUGUGGUCUAACGUGGGCCUCGUCAUCGGCAUAAGAGGCGUCGCUUUGCUGGACCUGGCUGAGAUAUAUGGAACAAGCUUUGCCAGCAUAUCGUACCUCAUCACCACUUGCGGCGUGGGCAAUCUCGUCGGCUCUCUACUGGGAGGCAAGCUACACGACACGUACAACACGCAGUUGGUCUCAAUUUUGGCAAUGGCAGCCACCUGCAUCACGGUGACCAUGAUUCCACUGAGCGGCAUCCUAGCACUGGCACACGUUAACAUGUUUCUGUGCGGGCUGAGCAUCGCUGCAUUUUCCACUGGUGCGAACGUCUGGAUCAUCAGGAUGUGGAGAGAGAACAGCAGCCCGGCGCUGCAACUCUACCACUUGGCCUUCGGUAUCGGUGGCUUCGCGGGUCCAUUCAUCGCGCGACCGUUCUUGUCGAACAGCGACGGCGGCAAUUCGACCGCACCGAACACUACCGACAACGUAUACCUGAACCAGAGGAACAUCGCUUACCCGCCUGUCAACUUGGUAGAACUGGCCAAUAGCUCCACUGCUCAAAAUGGCACGGGCGAGUCGAGCGUUUACUUUGCAUUCGGCAUCGUCGGAGCAUUUUGCUUGAUUCUGACUAUUUCUAUGAUCGUGCUUUACAUUAUAGACAAUGCGGACUUCAAACCUGCGAUACCUGAAGACGAGAGCUCUACGGCUGCUGAGGAACCAUGUAACCCUGCCCUCUUUACCCGAAUCAUUGUGGCAACAAUGUGCAUGUACAUAGGCAUUUACGUCGCACUCGAGUGGACCACGUCCCAGAUGGUGGCCUCAUUUGCAAUCAAGAGCGAGCUACACUUCUCGAAGUCAUUGUCUUCUCGCGUCGAAUCUGUUUUCUUCUUCUCCUUCGCCGCUAGCCGCCUCACCGCAAGUCUGAUUACGAUCAAAGUUUCCGCCUUCUGGAUGCUAGUUUCAGCGCACGUAAUUCUUCUACCCACGGCCGUGACGCUCGCGCUACUGGGUUCCAGCAGCUCCACGGUGCUCUGGCUCUCCAGUGCUCUCUUUGGUGUCGGACAAGGACCUAUCUACGCCGCUUUAAUAUCCUGGACGUCCGGGCACAUCAAUCUAAACAACAAGAUGAUGUCUCUAGUUGUUCUGACCGAAGGCAUCGGAUCAAUGUCAGCGCCGGUUAUUGUAGGCCAGUUUCUGGACAAGGACCCUAACGUGUUCCUUUAUGUGUGUCUUACGACUGUUGCGUUGUGUGCGGUUAUUUUCAUUUCUAUGUAUCUCUACGUAAGAAGAGCGCGCCGCCGAAGCGAUGACAAAGAACUGCUAGUCAACAAAACUGAUAACUAGCAUAACGACAGGUUUCAAUAAAUCUUCGAGGUUUGCCUCAACAUGCGUUAUACCGCGACAUAAAGUGAACCAUCAGUUGACCUUAUUUUUCGUAUCGAAUGGACAAGGCGGCCUUGAAAUGACAAUAUAUGACAGCCUUGUAACGCCCUUUGCAAGCUAUUUAGCGAAUAUUUUAGAAGAAAGCGACGCGAACAUUCCCGCAAUACUUCAAGUCUACAAGUCUCUGCGACCAUUUAUAGACUUUCUUCCCACCUUCACCUGUGCGCGCCACCAGUGUCCUUCCUCUCCCCUGCUUUCUGUCUUCUUCUCCCUAUAUCCGUUUCUCUCUGUGUAGGGUAGCAAACUGUACGUGCAUCUGGUUAAACUCCCCAU